UUGGAAGGAAGGAAGGAAGGAAGGAGGGAGGCGAGGGCUGAGAGUCGUUCACCGGCGCCCGUGGACAUCCACCAGCGGGGGCGCUCUAGGCAGGGUUGCCGGCGGUUGGAUUGGAGCGGAGCGGCGCGGCGCCGGGCGGAAGGCAGCGGCGGCGUUGACGAUCGGGAUCGGUGGAACAGGAGGAGGCGCGUUUGUAGGCGCCUUGCAAAGUAGGGGCUGGGUGGUCCACGGCCGGAGAAGGUCCGGAGGCCUGAGCGGUUGCCCACCUCCUCUCUCCCGCCCGUGUCGCGCCUCGCCGGCCCCGAGUUUCGGGGCCUGGGCACUAAGAUGGCGGCCGGCGUGGAGUCGAUGGCCAGGCCGAAGAGGCAGCUGGCCGAGGCGGCCGAGCAGUACCGCGGACCCUCCGAGAGCGACCGGCAUUGGCACUUCCGCCGUCAGUUCAUCGUCCGCCACAUGCACGACUACCCGGGCAACAGGAUCGAGCAGCUGCUCGCACUCUCCAUGGUGUGGACCAACCACGUCUUCCUGGGCUGUAGAUACAGCCGAGACCUUUUGGAACGAGUCUCACAAAUGGCAGAAGGUAUUGAAGUUGGUGACUUAGGAUCAUUGGAGUUAAUUCCAGGGAACACAACUAAUAAAAGAUCCAAUUCUGACAAUGGUGAAAAUCCAACAGCGAAGCGGAAACCUCCUUCCUUCCGUCCCAGAUUUCGAUUUGAGCCGGUUGCAUUUGUGAGUAGCAGCACUAAGGAUGAAGAUGAGGCAAAGAAAAAGCCAAAUCAGUCAGAAAAGCCUCGAAGGUGGGCAGACUUAGAUGAAGAUAUUCUGCCAUUAAACUCUGCGGUUAAAACUGAGGAGACCCCUGUGAAAGCAGAACUUUCUCCCACUGAUGAAAAAUCAAAUAAAUCUAGCAAAAAUUCAAAUGGGCCGUUGCCUCCAGCUUCCUCUGAGAGUUCUACGUUUGAUUAUGACUCUUUGUACAAGAACAUCUUCACUGAAUCAAAUGAAAACAAAACUGGAAACUGUGUAAAUGGGAUAACCUGUUUAAGCUCUUACAUGUCUAAAAUACAACAGAACUAUUCAGCAAAAUAUGAGGCUUAUCAUUCCAUUCCCUCGUCGGAUCUUUAUCCGACUAUGAGAGGGCCGGACUUUUCUAAGACACCAGUUGGCAACAAGCAGGGCUACAAAGGCCUGGGUUUUACACAGACCAAACGGUCAAAAAGUAGAAAAUCUUCCAAGAAAAAUGCCAGCAAGUCGGUACUUCCUGAACCUCUGCAACCAUUGUCUAGCAAAUCUUCAUCUGGUGGGUUUUCUCCAUCUGCGGUAAAGAGCCGACAGACAUUUUUUAAUAUGCUCCAGAUAUCUGUGUCAAGGAAACUUAGUUCAAUCGGAGGCUUCAGUAACCAGCUGAACCACAGCGAUGUGCUGAGCAGCUGUAUUCAAGCCUGUAAAACAAACCCUCAGUAUUUCUAUGUCUCGCUGAAGGAGAUACCUCCAGCUGAUGUACCAAAAAACAAGAAAGUCUUGACAGAUGGCUAUGCUUGUGAAUUGAGGUGUCAGGGUGUUUACUUAUCUACUGGUUAUGCUGGCAGCAAAAUUGGAGCUCGAGAUAGGGCUUCUGAACAAGCCUUAAAGUUGUUCCUGAAGGAUGUGGUGGUUGAGGUGGUGAAACGCAAAUGUAAAAGUAAUUGCAUUGAUGACCUAAUACUGUGUGAGAAGGACACGCCUCGAAAUGACAUUCCUCCUGCUCUCAAAAAGCCAGAUGAGAAAAUACCAAGCAAAGACACAGCCAAUAAAGAAAAAGAAACAAAUAGGCAGAGCACGCGGCAUUCAAAGGAUGGCAAAAAGAAGAACUGGAUGGAGUUUGUCAUUUUGGAGACUGCAAAAAAUGCCGUGUGCAUUCUGAACAAUUCGGCUCAAUUCAAUAGAAUGACUGUGGAUUACAAGUUUCAGCUGACCCCCAAUGAUGUUUGGCAGUGCCGUGUUUUUAUAGAAGACCAUUUUAUUGCUGAGGCCUAUGGAACCAAAAAACUGGUGAAGCAUACAGCGGCGGAGAAGGCUUUGGACAUACUGAGGCAAACGCAGCCGAUUGUAAAAUCGAGCAAGCCAGGAAAAUCUGGCACAGCCAUCUCUCGCAGUGCCAUUAUUGGACGUUCUGCGGAAGAAGAUCUUAAACAAAAGAUCACAGAAGACAACAUUGGCAAUCAGCUUUUGCGAAAAAUGGGUUGGAAGGGGGGUGGUUUGGGGAAAGAGGGUGAGGGUAUUGCAGAGCCAAUCACUGUAAAAGAACAGUUUAAGAGGGAGGGAUUAGGUUUGGAAAUGAGUAAGAGUAAUUCCAAAUUAAACAAACGAGAUAUAGAGGAUCUUAUCAAAAAUUAUGCCCGCUCGGACAGACAGGAAGAGUUGACCUUUUCUAAAGAGCUGACCAACGAUGAGCGUAUGCAGAUCCAUCAAAUGGCUGCCAAAUAUGGCCUGAAGAGUAAAGCCUACGGGAAAGGGAAGGAUCGCUAUUUGGUUGUAUUCAAAAAAAUGCGUGUAAAGGAUAUUAUGAAUCAGCUUACGCAGGAAGGACAGGUUGGACGAUUUGAAUUGGUAAUGCCAGGUUCUUCAAGUUAAUACAGAACUCCGCCACCAUCUUCAUUUUUAUUUAUGUGAAGUUUUCUUCCGAAGCAAGACUUUUUUGGUCAGUAAUCUGAAUUCAGUUAUUGUAAAUGAUUUCUCAAUUGCAAUAGAAAUUAAUUUACAUCUAUUAUUUACAGUUUUGAAAUUGUCAUCAGUGGGGUAGAUGUUCAAGGCAUUCAAAAUGAACUCAGUAUUUCUGCAUCACCUUUCUCCAUGUAUAAAAAUAACUGUCUGUUAUUUACAAAAUAUGGUAAUAAACUGCCACUGUUGAAAUUACUAGUGAACUAACAACUGUUUCGAUGUGGUUCAUCUUAAUUAAAGUGAGUGGGUGAAAUCAAUUGAAUUUGAGACUUAAGUGUACAUUGAUCUUGAAAGGUAGUGUACAUUUUUAAAAAAAACAAUAUUAUGCAUUCUGAUGGGGUUUUGUGAUGUACAUGUUAUCUUCUGGUUCUCAUGAGCACCUUCCCCACUGAAUGGAGGAAAUUGUAGAUGAGACCCAAGCUUUUUGUCCAUUUCAGUCUUUAUUUGCUAGGUUGUUGGCAAGCAUUUGGAGCUGAUAUUGUAUUUUUCUGAUUUGAUAGUUCUGCAGUGCAAUAUUUAAACUUUAACUCAUUUGAUUGUAUUUUUAUAGCUGUUACUUAACAGCCUUUUUCCAAUUUGAUAUUCAGUAAUCUACUUCCUUCCCUCCCCAUCGACUACAGUUUAGAAGGAUUGGAUUUGUUAGUUUUAUUUCCAAUAUCGGUGCCCUCAGUACCUUGUUGAAUUUGCUCCUAAUUUGAUGAAUGUUGGUGAAUGUGAGCAUAUUGCAGCUUACUCAAUACCAUCCACACCUGAUAAGACCAUAAGACAUGACAGCAGAAUUGGGCUAUUCGGCUCAUCGAGUCUGCUCUGCCAUUCCAUCAUAGCUGAUUUAUUAUCCCCCUCAACCCCAUUCUCCUGCCUUUUUCCUGAAACCGUUGACACCUUGAUUAAUCAAGAACUUAUCAACCUCCACUUUAAAUAUAUCCAGUGACAUGAUCUGCACAGCUGUCUGUGAGAGUGAAUUCCACAGAUUCACCACCCUUUGGCUAAAGAAAUUCCUCCUCAUCUCUGUUCUAAAUGGACAUUCUGAGGCUGUGUCCAUGUGUCCUAUAUUCUCCUAUUACAGGAAACAUCCUCUCCACAUCCACUAUGGGCUUUUCAAUAUUCUAUAGGUAUCAAUGAAAUUCCUCCUCAUUCCUCUGAACUCCAGCUUGUUGGAAAUAAUACAUCAUCUCAAUUUCCAGCAAGCUUGGACUUUUUUCCCCUCUUGAUCCAAGUUCCCUCCUUGCCCAUGGAUGUUGUGUCCAAUUGUAUUGCCAUAUUGUAGCCUUGACUGAACUUGGCACAGACCAAAAUUGGAACAUCAGGUGUUUGCAGUCUCUAUCAUGUAAAUGCAGGAUUCUGAGCUGGAAUUAUAAUUUAUUUUAAAGACUGCACAGUGUGCAUUGGGAUUAACAGGUUUUGAAGGAUUAGGUUCUUACCUAUUAAUCAUAAUAAGUAUUUUGUUCUUCACGAGGACACUUCACUGAGAUUACCACUAUAUUAAUUGCACUUGUCUGGCAAAAUAUCUUGGAUAUUUCAUCAGCUGCUGCCUUGAACAGAACAUUACACUGUAAAAUGUCAAGAAUGUCAGAAUGUUAGUUGUAUGACUUUGUGAUAUAGCAAUUUGGGUCUGAAUUCAGUAAAGUGAAUAUGUUGUAUAUGUUUUUAGUAUACUAAAUCAGGUGUGCAGAAUGUCCUGACCUUUUCCCCCUUCCGAACAGAAUAAAAUAUUUUUAAUGA